UCAAAAUGUGUCUAUAACUGUCAACUGAGGUUACACGUCAGACACAAAUUCAGCUGAACUGCAUGGGUCUUACAUUCACCACUCCCUGUAGACCGAGACUCGCAGCUGUACUUCAUAGCUAUGGAACCAACCACAAUCAGAGAAGGAUACUUAGUGAAAAAGGGGACUGUGCUCAACUCAUGGAAGGUGGUGUGGGUGGUGUUAGCAGAUGAUGCCAUUGAGUUUUACAAGAAGAAGACAGACAACAGUCCGAAGGGAAUGAUCCCUCUGAAGGGUGCGACUCUGACCAGCCCGUGCCAGGAUUUCACUAAAAGAACGCUAGUGUUUAAGGUCAGUACAGCCAAAAACCAGGACCAUUUCUUCCAAGCGACACACCUAGAGGAGAGGGAGCUUUGGGUUAAAGACAUCAAGAGGGCCAUCACUUGUUUACAGGGCGGCAAGAAGUUUGCAAGGAAGUCAACGCGCCGAUCUAUUCGAUUACCGGAAAAUGUUAACCUGAGUGAGCUGUAUAUUUUAAUGAAAGACCAAGACAAAGGGGUUAAAGAGCUGAAGGUAGAGAAGGAUAAAAGGCUGUUCAAUCACUGUUUCACAGGAAACACAGUGAUCGACUGGUUGAUUUCUGAGGGGAAGUCCAGAAACAGAUCCGAGGGACUGAUGCUGGCCACCGGACUGCUGAACGAGGGAUUCCUGCUGCCUGCCGGAGACGUGUCCAAAGACGGGGCAGAAAAAGGAGCAGAGUCUGUUUUUCUGGACCAAAUCGACGCUCUUUAUUACUUUGCAGAUAGCGGUUUCUUUUGUGAGGGUUACUCCAGUGAUGAGGACGUGGUCGUGAAGGAGGAGUUCAGAGGGGCCAUAGUUAAACAGGGCUGUUUGCUCAAACAGGGUCACCGGCGAAAGAAUUGGAAAGUCAGAAAGUUUAUCUUGAGAGAUGAUCCUGCUUAUAUCCACUACUAUGAUCCUACCAAAGGUGAGGAUGAUCCUCUCGGCUCCAUUCACCUGCGUGGCUCCGUUGUGACUGCGGUGGAAUACGUGCCUGAUGCCAAGAGACACGAGGUGGAUGGGAAUCUCUUUGAGAUCAUCACGUCUGACGAGGUACACUAUUACCUACAGGCAGCGACAACCGACGAGCGCAAGGACUGGAUCAAAGCCAUACAGAGCGUCGCAAAGUCGGGAAAAUAACUGUAUUAGAUCCGUCCUGCGGUCUGAAGAACAACAAACUCACUCGGUAAAGACAUGCAGAGUUAAGAGUGAGGAUCUGUCUGAAGUUUCGUCUGCGCACUAAAUAUGUCUCCUCUUCAGCAUUUUCUAAAAAUAAAGAUUCCAGUUGGUUGUUUCACCUUCCGCAUUUGCACAAAACAAGAGGCUUUUUAGCUCCCAUGUGACACAAUUUCUCAUGUUAAAAAAAACAAAAACAACUCACACUAAAAGUAGAGACAGGAUGUGGGCAAAUGUGUUGUUUCACCAGAAACUGAUAGUAAAUGGCAUUGAUGUGCCCGUCCAGAAGUGUCAGCACAGUGGAGAGCGUGUCAAGGGAAUCUUCAGUGUCCAGCAUUUUCCUGUUUUCAUUUCAAGUAGUACCACUUCCUGUUUCUCAUCUUAAGUGGGUCUAGAUAUAGAGCUGUAACAGUCUGAUGGUGCGGUGGUGUAACGCAAAACGGUCUCAAAAUAUCACAGCUCUACUCUGCUCACUAUGCGGAUAUAGUAAUCAUCUAGCACUGUCAAUACAUAUUAUUUUAAAGACAAUUUAACUUUGGGCAACAAUAAAAAUGAAAUAACACUUUGAAAUGUUUAUAUAUGUUGAAGGUGCACAGUCUAGUUGUUUUAAUUAGUGUACUUGAAACUCUUUCUUGGUUUAUUUAUUAAUAGAGAGUUUUUUCCCCCUGAUUUCUGGGAUAUUUGUUGUACUUUUAAAUGUUUUUUUGUGGUUUGAUGUUACUGUUUAGAGAGGGGGUGAUUCUUUGUUUUUUGUGUUUUUUUUUGUUGGUCUUGAAAUGUUGCUAAGAAACAUGUAAAGUUGAUAUAAUGUGCAUUUCCGGACUUUACAGCUGCUGUAAAUUUUCUGAGGCAGCAGAUGGAGCUGUUGUCGAUACUCUGAGGAUACUUGUAGUUUUUUUUCCUUACACUAUUAGGAUAGCAGAGCUUCAAAGGUUACAUUUUGCUGUUCGCUUUUCAUGUCACCAAACAACACUACGCUAUUAGCGUCUCUACAGAGGCAGCAGAUAAUGAGCACUGAUGUUAAUGAAAUGAUUAGUAACACAUUUCAACAUUUUAAGCACCCAACUUUGUAACUUUGUCAAAUUUUAAACACCAAACUUGGUAACUUAUUAACAUUUGAAGCACCAAACCUGGUCACUUUUUAUGACACAUGCAAAGAUAACAACACACUACUCGGAAAAGAAAAUGACUGUUUGCAGGGGAAAACAAACAAACAAAAAACUAUAGACUUUUAUUUGCAUAACAUGUACAAAAUAUUACAUAGCUCAAAUAUUAACUAAAUAAUUCAUGCCAGUGCUUUAACAAAAAUACAAGUUUCCAUUUCCACUGUAAAUCCUUCUGAAAUCCUGGACCAAUAGACUUUGUUGUAACUUUGAUGCUGUAAAUGUGAGUUUAGUUUAACUGAUGCUGUCAGUCUUGUUUUGAACACUGAGAAAGGACUGUUUUUUGAAACUGCUUUUCAGCAUCUCUGAAAGGCUGAGCUUAUGGUGAGCCAUGUGAUUCUGAUAUAUGAUUCUGUUUUCAAUACGCUCACCUUCAACUAACUCUGUCACACUGACGCCUGCUUUAACACCUUUCACUCACAGCAUACCGAGUGCUGCUGUUUAACAAAGGUCAAGUGUGAGCACUAACAGUUUUCGGAGAUAACUGCAGAAUUAUGCAGAAACAUGUUAUCACACCUUCACAGGAGCCACACCGUAUAUAUAUAUGUAUUUACACACACCUCUGUUUCCUGUUUACUGACGCUUAUUUCAGCCCACAGUCGAAUAUAUCUAUCUACAUAUCGAUCUAGCUAUUAUCAUUGCUUUGGUACAAAUGCAUUGAGUGACUACACCUGUCACAUUACAUAAAUGCAUUUCUUACUCAUACACAAACAUCACCAAAACUCUAUGUACCUACAGUCCAAUUUGCAUGUCUACUCUUUUCAAAAAUGUUGAAUUUUAUACAAAACUGAGUAAUACAGCGAUUUGCUAUAUGUCUACAAUAAUACCAUACUGAAAUAUAUUCUAAUUCUACAAAAUGAAAUACUUUCGAAACAAUUCGAUGUAGCUGAACACCUACACAGGUGUUAGUCUUUCAGCUUCACUGCAUCUAAAAGUGGUCGAAUUAGGAAUAGGAAUGUUGCACUGUAAUGUAAACAUGUUCUAUGCAACAUUUACUACAGUAAAUUCUAACAGUAGAAAGUGUCAUUCUUGUUUUGUAAAGAAAACUUACUUAAGAAUACAUUGUUAUUUUACCUGUUUGUGUUUUGGAAAAAAAUACUUAAUUUGAGACUCUAAUAAUAAAUGUGAUUGCAUUUAUGGAGCAAAAUAUAAAAAAAAAAAAAUAAGAAGAUGAAAAAAUGUGUCUACAUACCUUAUGGGUACAAUAUGCGUGUUGGUUCCUGCAGUCAGAUGAUUAGGACACAAGAGGGCAGUAAAUGUCCAAAAAAAAAAAAUAAAUAAAAAAAUAAAAAAGUUCUGCAUUAUGAACAGUGCCAUUUAUUAUAUAUCUAGAUUUGCCUUAACAGAUGCUGUGUAUAUA